CGUAGACAUUAUCACAUAUUCUUCACCUUUAUAUAUGACAAAGCUAGAAAACACAAACAUCAUAAACAAAAACAAUGAAACAAAGUGACAUGUUUGCUCAAAUAGGAUCCAUAAUAGCUUCCAUGAUGUUCUUUUGGGCUAUUUUUCAACAAUAUUUUCCUUAUCAAUUAAGAAACCAAAUUGAAAAAUACUCACAAAAACUUGCUACUUUGAUCUACCCUUACAUCCAAAUCACAUUUCAUGAAUUCACUGGUGAACAAAAACUCAUGAGAAGUGAAGCUUAUUCUUCCAUAGAGAAUUACCUUAGCACAAAAGCAUCAACACAAGCAAAGAGACUCAAAGGUGACAUAGCUAAGAACAAUCAAUCACUUGUUCUUAGCAUGGAUGAUCAUGAAGAAGUUAGUGAUGAGUUUAAUGGAGUUAAACUUUGGUGGGCUAGUGGCAAAAAUGUAUCAAAGCCAAAUUCAUUUUCACUUCAUCAUAACAUAGAUGAGAAAAGGUACUAUAAACUAACUUUUCAUAAAGUUAAUAGAGAUUUGAUUUUAGGUAGUUAUCUUAGUUUUGUGCUUAAAGAAGGUAAAGCAAUUAAGGUGAGGAAUAGGCAAAGGAAGCUUUAUACUAAUAGUGGUUCUUAUUGGAGUCAUGUUGUUUUUGAACAUCCAUCAACAUUUGAAACAUUGGCUAUGGAUUUAGAGAAGAAGAAAAUGAUUAUUGAUGAUCUUGUUACAUUUAGUAAAGCUGGCGAAUUCUAUGCAAGAAUUGGUAGGGCUUGGAAAAGAGGCUAUUUGCUAUAUGGUCCUCCAGGGACUGGAAAAUCGACGAUGAUUGCGGCUAUGGCGAAUUUGUUAGGGUAUGAUCUUUAUGAUCUUGAGUUGACUGCUGUGAAGGAUAAUACUGAAUUGAGGAAGCUUUUGAUUGAGACGUCGAGUAAAUCUAUAAUUGUGAUAGAAGAUAUUGAUUGUUCGCUUGAUUUAACCGGUCAGAGGAUGAAGAAAAAGGCGAAGAAGGACGAGGAGGUGGAGAGAAAAAGUGGAGUUGUUAUGGAAGAAAGAGAAGGGAGAAUGAGUCAAGUAACACUUUCUGGAUUGUUGAAUUUCAUUGAUGGGUUAUGGUCUGCAUGUGGUGGUGAAAGACUAAUAGUUUUCACUACAAAUUAUGUUGAGAAAUUGGAUCCUGCAUUGGUGAGAAAAGGUAGAAUGGAUAAACAUAUAGAGUUAUCUUACUGUGGAUUUGAGGCAUUCAAGAUUUUGGCUAAGAAUUAUCUUAAUAUUGAGUCACAUUAUUUGUUUGAAACAAUAUGUGAAUUGUUGGAGGAAGUUGAAAUUACUCCAGCUGAUGUUGCUGAGCAUUUGAUGCCAAAGAGUUCUUCUGGUGAUGUAGAAGUUUAUUUGAAAAGUUUGAUUCAUGCACUUGAAUUGGCAAAGGAAGGAGCUAAGCGUCGCGUCGAAGAAGAAGAAGAAGAAGAAGAAGAAGAAGAAGAAGAAGAAGAAGAAGAAGAAACAGGUUCUGAAAUAUCUUCAAAACUUUCCCUUUGAAAAGUAACAUCAGUAGAAGACGAAGAUGAAAACACAGUCCAAACAAAAAUGAAACAAAGACCCAAAAUCGUUACAGCUGUCAUCUUUAUCCAUAGCCCAAUUGGUCGUUUAGCUGGACGAGUUAUGAUAGCCAUGGUUAUGAAUCGAACUCAGUGAGUCACUGUUUUUGAGUUCAGCAAGCUCUUGAUCUGAACAUAGUAAGGUGUGGUGUUAUUGGUGAAAUGUUGAAUUUGAAAGAGAAAAGAAAGAGGAAAAUUGGUUGAAGUGUUGUGGUUUGGUUUGGGAUAGAAGAAGAGAUCGUGGUGUUUGAAGGGUUGAUUUCUUUGAGGAUGGAUGCAGAA